GAACGAUGCUAAAUGUCGCCAUCUUUUAUUAGAAAUGCGCAGCUGUCCCGACGGAAAAUAAUCGCACUACAAAGAACGCGUAAAUUAAACAACUAAAAAUAAGCGAGUUGGGCCCCUAAUUCAGUUAAUUUAGCUAUUGGGCAGCUAACAGUAGGAAUGCCGAGGAAAGCCAAAAAAGCGGAGGAUCCGGAUAACCUAAAGUCGUUCUUCAAUAAUUUCCACAAGGAAAUUGGGGAGAGCAGCGAUGACAAGGUAGUGAACAAGAUCAUGAAGGCCAUUGACGCGGAGGAGGGCGACUUGACUUUUGAGGAUGACACGGAUCAGGAGGAAGACAAGGCGGCCGUGGUUGUCGAAGAUGAGGACGAGGAGGAGGAGUUUGAUGAGGACAAGUACUUCAUAGACGACGAGGGAAAUUGCUAUAUCAAAACGACGCCCAAAAAGCAGAAGGAGCUGCAGGAGAAGCUGAAAGAGCGAGAGGCGGAGAAACCCGGGAAAAACACACGAUCGGCGACCAGCAAGGCCACCAAUAAAGCCAUCAAUCUGCGCCCGGCGAAAUCGCCACCAAAAGGCGCCGCUUCCAAGACCACACCGGAGCCGAAGCCUAUCAGCGUCCGUCCAGCGCGAGCAGCAGCAGCUAGGCCAAAGCCAGUGGAAAUGCCCCCGCCUCCAGCACCAAAACCAGCGUCCACACCCGUGGCCACACCUAAAAGGGGCAGACCCAGGAAAAUACCACUCGUGCCGAAGUCUGAAACCAUCGAUCUGGAGCGGGAGAUUGAGGAGCUAGUGGAUGACCCCAAUAUCAAUGCAACCGGUUUGAGUGAUCUCACAGACUACACCGUGGACAGCGCUGCCGUUGAGGCGGACAACUCAGUGCUGAGACCCAACGAGGAUGAGGUGUACGAGUUCGAGGACAAUGCCGCGGUGGAGUCGGCGGAGGAGCCAGAUGACAAGCAGGACUUGGACUUUGUGCUGACCGGCAAACAGUUGAAGCUAAAGUCGCAGGCGUCUCCCGCCAAGCAGGCGGGAGUCAAGCAGUACUCCUGCUCGCAAUGCUCGUACACGUCCAACAAGAAGUUUCUCAUCACCCGCCACUGCCGGACGCACGACGUGGAGCCCGCCUUUAAGUGCUCCAUAUGCGAGCGAUCGUUCCGAUCGAACGUCGGGCUGGUCAACCACACGAACACGCAUCUCGGCAAGAAGCCGCACAAGUGCAAGUACUGCGAGAACGCCUUUACCACCAGUGGCGAGCUGAUCCGGCAUACGCGCUACAAGCACACCAAGGAGAAGCCGCACAAGUGCACGGAAUGCAGCUACGCCAGCGUGGAGCUGACAAAGCUGCGCCGCCACAUGACCUGCCACACGGGCGAGCGGCCAUACCAGUGUCCGCAUUGCACCUACGCCUCCCAGGACAUGUUCAAGCUGAAGCGUCACCUGGUGAUCCACACCGGCGAGAAGAAGUACCAGUGCGACAUCUGCAAGUCACGGUUCACGCAGUCCAACUCCCUAAAAGCACACAAGCUCAUCCACAGCGUGGUCGACAAGCCUGUCUUUCAGUGCACUUUGUGUCCAACGACCUGUGGACGCAAAGCGGAUCUACGCAUCCAUAUCAAGCACAUGCACACCUCGGAGCAACCGCUAACGUGCCGCCGUUGCGGCCAGGAGCUGCCCGAUCGUUACCAAUACAAGCUGCACGUGAAGUCCCACGAGGGCGAGAAGUGCUAUCGCUGCAGCCUCUGCAGCUACGCCUCAGUGACCCAGCGUCACCUGGACUCUCACAUGCUCAUCCACCUGGACGAGAAACCGUUCCAGUGCGAGCACUGUCCGAUGGCCUUCCGCCAGCGCCAGCUUCUGCGUCGCCACAUAAAUCUCUUGCAUGACGCGGCGUACCAGCCGCCGCAGCCACGCGCCAAGGUGCACCAGUGCCCCAGCUGUCCCAGGAGCUUCACGCACAAGGGUAAUCUCAUGCGGCACAUGGAGCUGCAUGACAACUCAGUGGACAUUCGCGAGAAGCAGCUGCAACUCAAGAUGGGCAGGAAUCUCCGCUUGAAAAAGGACGGAACUAUCGUCAAGCUGGUCAAGCAGACGGAUCUUCAGAGCACGGAAGAGCCAGUUGAAGAAGACAACCCGGAGAGCUAUGACCUUGCCGAAAUCGUCAACACUGACGAGGAGGACGGCGACGUGGAGUUUAUUGCCACUAAGCCGAAGCCGAAGCCCGUCAUUAUCAACAAGCAGGCCAAGUCGCAGGCCGAGAAGGGGCCCGUGAUCAUCAAUAAACGGCUUCGAACGCAGACCGGCACCAAGACGUUCCACAUCAAGGAGGAGCCGAACAACUCGGACUUUACCCUGGAACUGCAGGGCGAUGAUGGUCAGCUGAUGGUGGUGGAGCUAGUUAACGGCGACGAGGACGUUGUGGUCAAGCGAGAGCCGAGUGCGACCAAUAAGAUAAGUGCCACCAACUGCUUUGGCUUCGAGGAGGAUGACGAUUACGAAGAGUAUGAUGCGGUGGACGAGGUGGAUGAGGCUUCGCAGGAGUUUCUGCAGCUUAUGGAUAUGAUUGAGCAGGAUACUUAGUCUCUUGCCAAGCAAAAAUAACAAAUUAAUAUGUAAUAUAAUAAUUAUAUAUGUAUAGUGGCGUAGAAGAGUCUUAUUUUCUGUUUUCUAUUUAAAUAAAUGUGUAAAAAUCAAGGACCUUAAAAGGUGAUUAUUU